UGUCUUUUCAAUUUGUACAUAGAAAAUGAUAAUUUACACCUGGCAUUAUGUGAGAAUCUUAAAAUUUUGGUUCUGAAUAACGUUUAUCUCGAUCAUCUGACUAUCGCCCCGGCCCAGCUGGAGGUAUUCUGGGUCUACAUCAAGGCUGACAUGCUGGAGAAGACACCCCCAAUGAUGGUGACAUUCGCACACGGGGAACAGUUUACAGAGAAAUUACGAAUGCUCAGUCUGGAUAACGUUACUUUUAAUGAAACCCUUAAUAUACGGCAGUGUGAUAAACUACAAAAACUGCAGCUGGCCAUAUUAACAUUUCCUGACGACUACCACCUGGACCUUUCCUCAUUCACGGACCUGACCAAAGUAACACUACGGAAUCUCCGUCUCCACCAUGUGACCAUCGCCCCGGCCCAAGUGGAGAAGUUCUGGGUCUACAUCAAGAAUGACAUGCUGGAGAACACACCCCCAAUGAUGGUGACAUUCGCACACGGGGAACAGUUUACAGAGAAAUUACGAAAGCUCAGUCUGUACAACGUUACAUUUAAUGAAACCCUUAAUAUACGGCAGUGUGAUAAACUACAAAAACUGCAGCUGGCCAUAUUAACAUUUCCUGACGACUUCCACCUGGAGCUGUCCUCCUGCACGGACCUGACUGGAGUAACACUACUGAAUCUCCGUCUCCACCAUGUGACCAUCGCCCCGGCCCAGGUGGAGAAGUUCUGGGUCUACAUCAAGGAUGACAUGCUGAAGAAGACACCCCCAAUGAUGGUGACAUUCGCACACGGGGAACAGUUUACAGAGAAAUUACGAAUGCUCAGUCUGGAUAACGUUACUUUUAAUGAAACCCUUAAUAUACGGCAGUGUGAUAAACUACAAAAACUGCAGCUGGACACAUUAACAUUUCCUGACGACUACCACCUGGACCUUUCCUCAUUCACGGACCUGACCGAAGUAACACUACGGAAUCUCCGUCUCCACCAUGUGACCAUCGCCCCGGCCCAAGUGGAGAAGUUCUGGGUCUACAUCAAGAAUGACAUGCUGGAGAACACACCCCCAAUGAUGGUGACAUUCGCACACGGGGAACAGUUUACAGAGAAAUUACGAAAGCUCAGUCUGUACAACGUUACAUUUAAUGAAACCCUUAAUAUAAGGCAGUGUGAUAAACUACAAAAACUGCAGCUGGCCAUAUUAACAUUUCCUGACGACUUCCACCUGGACCUGUCCUCCUGCACGGACCUCGCUAAGAUCUAUUUUGUGAACAUUCGUCUCCUGCAUGUGACCAUCGCCCCGGCCCAGCUGGAGGUGUUCUUUGUAACUAUCAAUAAUCAGAUGCUGAAGAAGACACCGCCUAUGGAGGUGACAUUUGCAAAUGGUGAACACUUUACAAAGAAACUACGAAAGCAAAAAAUGGACAAUGUUACUUUAAAACCAACCCUUGAUAUACCAGAGCUUGAUAAACAAAACAAUCUUCGCCGUACCACAUGUACAUUAUCGUAAAAGAUAAACAUGAAAUUAAGUUAUUUGAAAAAUGCUAAGGGUAAGUAAUCUGCACGUUAUCAGUAUGAAUGUCAUUUUCUUGAACAAUAUUUUUUAUUAAUAUACCCCACGGUUACAUCAGUUGAAUAGCUAAGAUUUGUGCAAGUUAUCCAAUAUAACUUAAACAUUUUAAGAAAAUGAAUUUACUUUUCUUUUUAACUUCUUAAAGUUGCACUCUCACAGAUUAAACAUUUUUACAAUUUUUUUAAUUUUUUGUCUUGGAAAGAGCAAAUUUUUACGUAAAUAUCUGCAAACCAAUGAUAAAAGAAUGCUGACAAAUGAUCGGAUCGCAGAUUUGCAUAUUUCCGUUCGAAAAUUAAUGUUUAAUGGCUUUAACCUUACUAACUGUUAAAGUAAAAUGCAUAAAACCUUAACCUAAAUCUGAGAUCUAAUAUUUUGUCAGCAGUCUUAUAUAACUGGUUUCCAUGGAUUUUCUCAAAAAUUGGCUCGUUCCAAGACAAAAAAAGUUGUCAUAACGUUCAAUCUGUGAGAGUGCAGCUUUAAAUAUGUUUUUCAUAUCUUGUAAAUAUUUUGAUUUCUUAUUUAAUUAAACAUUGUUUUACCCCGUGAAUCACAGUCCUAGGAACAGCUUUGCUUAAAUGUGUAUUAUUAUAUCAAAAGACAUAUUUUGUGCAAAUAGUUUGUUUGAUCAAGUGGAAUACUUUAGAUAAACAUAAAAUGUUCGUGAUAUUGUAUAUAACUACUCGGGUUUAUGAAAGAAAUACUUACUGUGUAAAUGUGAGGAUAAUUCGAAUACCUGGCCGAUUGUUCGGAACAUUGUUCAAGUUAACAACGUUGUUAACGUAAGCGCUUACGUUCAGAUCGUUGCUGCUCUGAAAAUCUAAAGGAUUUAAUCGAUGUCUGCUGUAUAUCUUAAAAAAGAUUUAAGACCGCCCAAGCAGCUGUAUGCUAUAUAUUUCAUAUAAAUACGCGAGCACAUAAUGAAAUAGUUAUUUCUUAAACGUUAUUAUCAAUGUCGUAAAUCACAUUGAUUACUUCGACAAAGUUCUGAACAAUCGAGCCAUUGUUUACAACACCAGUGAUAAUCAAUGUUGUAUAGACUAAAGAGGUCAUCAAUAGUACAUUGUGUACAUAUAUAACUAAAAGUUGUAACAAUAUUCAUUAACAUUGAUAGUUUUAGCAAUAUUCAUUAGCAUCCUAAUUAUGACGUAAUGCAUAAACAAAUCUUUGCAACCUAAUGGUGGAUGGCUUACCUAAAUGGACUCACACUUUUUUGCAUCCUUAUUAUGGAUGGCUUUCCUUAAUGUACUAACACAUCUACGCGUCCCUAUGAUACUAGAUUGUUUGCCUUAAUGUACUAAAACAUCUUAGUAUCCUUAUGAUGGAUGGCUUACCUUAAUUCAAUAACACAUCUUUGCAUCCUUAUUAUGGGUGGCUUACCUUAAUGCACUAACACAUCUUUGCAUCCUUAUUAUGAGUGGCUAACCUUAAUGCAAUAACACGUCUUUGCAUCCUUGUUAUGGGUGGCUUACCUUGAUGCAAUAACACGACUUUAAAUCCUUGUUAUGGGUGGCUUACCUUAAUGCAAUAACACGUUUUUGCAUCCUUGUUAUGGGUGGCUUACUUUAAUGCAAUAACACGUCUUUGCAUCCUUGUAAUGGGUGGCUUACCUUAAUGCAAUAACACGUCUUUGCAUCCUUGUUAUGGGUGGCUUACCUUAAUGCAAUAACACGUCUUUGCAUCCUUGUUAUGGGUGGCUUACCUUAAUGCACUAACACGUCUUUGCAUUUUAAUGAUGGGUGGCUUACCUUAAUGCACUAACACGUCUUUGCAUCCUUGUUAUGGGUGGCUUACCUUAAUGCACUAACACGUAUUUGCAUCCUUAUAAUGGUUGGCUUAGCUAAAUGCACUAACACAUAUUUGCAUCCUAAUGAUGGAUGGCUUAUCUUAAUGCACUAACACAUCUGUGCAUUCUAAUGAUGGGUGGCUUACCUUAAUGCUCUAACACGUUUUUGCAUCCUUAUUAUGAGUGGCUUAGCUAAAUGCACUAACAAAUAUUUGCACCCUAAUGAUGGAUGGCUUAUCUUAAUGCACUAACACAUCUUUAUAUCCUAAAGAUGGAUGGCUUAUCUAUUGGCUUACCCUUACGCACUUACACGCCUUUUCAUCCUAAUAAAGGAUGGCUUACCUUAAUGCAAUAAUACAACUCUGCAGCUCGAUGAUGGGUUACUUACCUUAAUGCACUAACACGGCUUUGCAAUCGAAUAUUAGAUAGCUUACCUUAAUACAUUAACACUUCUUUGCAGCAUUAUGACGGAUGGCUUACCUUAAUACAUGAACACUUCUUUGCAGCAUAAUGACGGAUGGCUUACCUUAGUUCACUCACACCUCUUUGCAGCAUAAUGACGGAUGGCUUACCUUAAUGCAUGAACACAUCUUUGCAGCAUAAUGAUAGAUAGCUUACCUUAGUUCAUACACACAUCUGUGCAGCCUUAUGAUUGAUGAUUAACCUUCAUGUUGUUCUAAAAAACGAAUUCGCAUAGAUACCGUCCACGCAAAUAUGGCUGAAACUAGUUCUGUCACUUUUAAACAAUGAAAUCUAAAGAAGUGAUGAAAGUGUUUGAAAACGAAAACUAUUGACAUAUCAAUGUAUAUUUACAUGUAUUUUGUUUAGAAUCGACAAUUAUAUGUCCAUUAGAAUUUGCCAUAUAGUUCGCUAUAUGCUAUCUCUUUGGUGUAAUUCUCUGUAGAUUAUGUUUGCCAUGAACUUUAAAUUAUGCAUGUAUUCACAUUAAUUGUUGGAUCUCAUGUAGAUGGUAGAUAUUGUCAAUAAUAUUGUAAUUUUCAUUACGAACCUAUGUUUAAUAACAUUGAUCAGAUGGUCAUCUAUUAAGACGUCAUUUCAUAUGUAAAACACUUAACAGUGUACUUAUUGUCAAGGAAUCUAUUUUUCAUGUAUUGUGCUUGCAUUUUAUCAUGAUUUUAUUUAUAAUUUAGUAGAAUGUAAAUUUGAAGAUGAAGCAUAUGUUUCAUCUGUUAUGAUAAAAGAAGGAACUUUAACAAACGGGUUGAUUUUCGUCGGUUAAAAGUGGUCACAAUGUGAUCACAGUCACUUAGAAUUUCUAAACCAAACAUCUAUUUAAUGAGUGGUCAACAUUUUGUUUUGUCCUCUGAAAAGGAAAUACUUCUCAAGUGUUCUGAUUUUUCUGACAUUUAUUUCAGUAAAUAAGCAGUUUGAUUUUUAUCAGAUAAGGCGGUAAAAAUGAAAAUUGACCGAUCAAGAUAGUGGGUAGUUUACAAAAUAGUAUGUUGACCACUAAAACAUUUUAUAUGUUCUUAUGUUUGUAAUUACGUUCUAACAAUUAUUAACCAUUACAUAAUCAGUAAAUAUCUCUUUACUUUACAACGAAAUGGACAUGAGCAUGAGUCAUAUAGUUGUUUAUUUGUGUCUUUUUUGAACACAUGAGGUAUUUGUAGUGAUCUUUUUCUUUAUCCUUCUGAACACCUCGGCCAUUUUCCAUCGAAAACUACCUCUGAUAUAUAUUGGCGGUUUACAUUGUCAAAAUGUUUACAUUUAAGUACGCUACAAGUUGAUCGCGUAGUAAUUAAAAUGUAGCAGUUUAACCCAAUGGCUUUCCUCUAGGAACCUUAAUAAGUUAUGCACUAAUACACUUCAAUGGCAAUCCUUUUAAACAUAGUAGUAUACAAUACACAUUUAACACUGAAAUUAAUUAAUCAAACAAUUCAAAAUUUUACGAACUACUUCUACUGAUGUACCGGCCUACAACCGAGGUUGUUUUCUAUGGAAAAUGUUUUGCAAAUGUGCAUGAAGUUGCGCCAGAAGACCACCAGACAUCUCUGGUACCUACCUCUCAGCACUCUGGUGUCUCCCUGCGCCAGAAGACUACCAGACAUCUCUGGUACCUGACUCUCGGCACUCUGGUGUUGCCAUGCGCCAGAAGAUCACCAGACUUCUCUGGUACCUGACUCUCAACACUCUGGUGUCGCCAUGCACCAGAAGACCACCAGACAUCUCUGGUACCGGACACUCAGCACUCUGGUGUCGCCUUGUGCCAAAAGACCACUAGACAUAUCUGGUACCUAACUCUCAGCACUCUGGUGUCGCCUUGCGCCAGAAGACCACCGGACAUCUCUGGUUCCUGACUCUCAGCACUCUUGUGUCGCCAUGCGCCAGAAGACCACUAGACAUCUCUGGUACCCGACUCUCAGCACUCUGGUGUCGCCUUGGUUUUAGGUAUGUACUUGUUAAUACAUUUGUAAACCACAAGCCAUCUAUUAAAUGAACAACUUAAACCACGAAGAAAUUAGGCUGGUCUGUACAUAAAUAAAAAACAUGUAAUUCAUGAUAAAAAUAAUCAAUAAUCCUGUUUUAUGUGAUAAAAUAUGUUGCGCAAAAAAUGUUCACACAAACCCAUAUAUUCGUGUUUUUAUUUGUAAAGAAGACAAAACAAAUACCGAAAAGUUUCUAAUAUUUUUGAUAAUGUUUGUAAAACCUCUAACUGAAAUAUAAACAUUCUCCUUUUAGAUUAAUGGUUCACUGGGUAGUUAUGUAAUUGUAAGAAAAAUAAAUUAUUACGAAUGAUUCACAGCUUGCUUAAACAAUGUUGUCGUCUGCAAUCAUGUUUUAUAGACAAAGAUCUAGCUUUCAGUCUUUGUAAAGUGAAAUCAACAAAGUGGCAGACAUCAGACAGUGGAAUGCGAACCACUGCAGGGAAAUACAAUACACGUUUCACAUACGAAACUGUAGAGAUACCAGUUGCUACUUACCAAAGCGGACCACGAGGUCAGAGGUUAUCAUUACAGGGACUUCCGGAUCCUAUCCUGGACAAAGAUGACCAACAUUAUAGUUUAAAGGUCACACAAGGACAGUAUCGUCAAGGUGACUGAUAAAUCUGAUCGGCCUUCGUCAAAACCUAUGGUAGCUUCAGCUCAGACACUCGGGAUGUAAAUGCAACAAUGAGACACCAGCAUAACAAGGAAAACCUUCCCUUAAAUACUGUGUACAAAACUGGGAGUGAACGAUCUUUUUUCUUUUACAUCUAUUGUAAUUGAAUAUUUCUAGUAGUGCUUAUAUAAUAUUUAAACAGAUCAAUUGUCAUUGUAUUUCUUGUGUUGAAGUUUGUUUAACUGUGCAUUUAGUACUAUAUAUGAUAACACUUACUGACUUUUUCAUUUAGUAAUUGUGAUGUGUUUUAUUUCUUCAGCGAGCUGUCACUCACCAACUUUAGGAAACAUCCCUGAUCAACGUCUCUUCCAGUUCAUGUUGAUACUGACCAAGCCAGCAGCAGUACCACUGAUCUUUAUCCAUAUGUUUUUGAGGAUAAAUGAGAAGAAGUCUCAUCUGAAGCGCCUGACCAUUCUGUUGAACAUACUAGUCCUGGCCCCAAUUUCUCGAAACUUCUUAAGUCCCUUAUAACAGGAUUAAGCUAAUCUCACUAUUUUUGUUGUUCUAUAAAAUGUGUUAUAUUAACUUCUUCAAGAAUUUUUAGAAAUUAUGUAGGAAUAAUCUGUAUGAUUAUCAGAGAAGCUAUUUUUCAUUUAUCAAAAUCCAUUUUUAGUAUGUAUUUUGGCUUAUUGAAAUAAGCGACUUAAGCCUGUUAAGCUUAAGAAGUUUCGAGAAAUUGGGGCCAGCUGCGGAGGGACUUAUUGGACCAACUUACGGAACCAACCAUCUCAUUGAUUGCUCAAACAGGACAUUGUUGAAUGUAACGACCCUCGGCUGUACUACAGUCGCAACACUUUAACAUACGAACCAAACCUACUGAUUGCUACUUGUAUAUCUUCAAUUCAAUUUUACAUGUGGAACUCCCAUAACAGAGUGGUAGUAGCUAGAAAACGUUUGGAAACUCCGUAGUUAUAUCCUUUUAGGCAAGCAAAUAUUUAACGGAAUAAACGUGUGUUGUGAUUCUGGGACAUUGGUAGUGUUAUUGAUAGCUCUUCGAAAACUAAAAACAAACCUGGGUGUCCCAUUUAUGAGAUCUUCAUGAAAAUGGAAAAGAUCCAAUCGCCAAGCGCCCAUAUUGUAAAUAAAACAUGAAGUAGACAACUGGAACAUUCAUAAGAAUAUGUUGCAAUAUGAAUAUCAUGCUCAAUGACAAUGAAUGUAUAGAAAAAAUUGAGAAUAUUAAAAACCAGAAUUCUGUUCAGAUUUUGUAUAAUGUUAUAGCAAAAAAUACUCUUGGUAAAUGGGCUUUGUAGGCUGUUGUGUUUUCAAGAAAUAAAUCCAGGCUUUUGUGUCAGCCAUGGGAUCGUUAUUGCGAACAUUAUGCAACGCGGUUAACCUCCAUCAUAACUAAAGUGUUCAGUAAAAAACCCAAAUGAAACUUUUUACAAACGAGCAAAAUACACAAGUAUUGUAAUGUUCAUUACUAGUUUAAAUUAUCAUUAAAAUGCCCCUUUUAAAUGAUGAAAUUAUGAAGGAGCAUUGGCGUUUCUUCCGCAGCACUUCCAUUUGAAAGAUUCAUAAUAUUGAGUGGUCGGAAGCAAAGUCCUUAUUUCAAGAGUAACACUUGUAUUGAUAGGUUUAGAAUCUGUGAAUCCCAAACCAAAGUUUGUGUUGAUGUCUGGAAGAAGAAAGUGUGUUUUUGUAUGAUUUUAAUUAGAUACAACAGCUGUUUUCUUUGUUAUAAUCUCUGAUCAUUUACUUUAUAUAUAUUUUUUUUAUAACUUUGUGUGUAAAAAUUGAAUUGUUUGUAUAAAAAAACAGCUUGACCUAAUGUUUAAAUGAAUUGGAGACGGAAAGAAUAAAAAUGUGUUUUUGUGUGUAUUUUUGUAGGAAUUUCCGAAAUAAAACUGAAUAAAAUGCUAAAUACAGAA